GUUUGUCCCUCGCGGGCUCUCGUAGCGCCGUCUUUGGUUGGGUCCAGCUCGCAGUAGAAACACGUGUGUUCCUCACAUCAUGGAGUUCGAGGGCUGUAACUGCUUCAGACAGAGACUCGUGUUGUCCACACUGAGCGGAAAGCGAGUGAAAAUACGAAACAUCAGAUCUAAAGAUGACAAUCCCGGCCUGCGAGAUUUUGAAGCGAGCUUCAUCAGGCUCCUUGACAAAGUGACCAACGGCACCAGGAUCGAGAUCAACCAGACGGGAACGGUGUUGUUCUAUCAGCCGGGUUUGCUGUACGGUGGCUCCGUGGAGCACGAGUGUAACGUCCAGCGCUCGAUCGGUUAUUAUCUGGAGGCUCUGCUCAUGCUGGCUCCGUUCAUGAAGACGCCGCUCAGAGCCGUGCUGAAGGGCGUCACCAACGACCCCACAGACCCAUCGGUGGAUCUUCUGAAGGUCACUGCGAUUCCUUUGAUGAAGAAGUUUGGGAUUGAUGGAGACGGUCUGGAAAUAAAGGUGCUGAAGCGAGGCAUGGCUCCUGCAGGAGGAGGUGAGGUGCUCUUCACCUGUCCUGUUCGCCGCUCCAUGAAACCCGUUCAUCUCACAGAACCCGGAAAAAAAAAAAUCAAGAGGAUCCGAGGAACAGCGUUCUCGGUGCGAGUUUCUCCUCAGAUGGCCAACAGGAUCGUGGACUCGGCCAGGAGCAUCCUGAACAAAUUCAUCCCGGAUAUUUACAUCUACACCGACCACAUGAAGGGAGCCAGCUCUGGAAGUGAGUCUCCAGGGUUCGGGCUGACGCUGGUGGCUGAGACGGUGAACGGCACGUUUCUGGGUGCUGAGGUCGUGUCCACACCGCAGGGUCAGGGAGAUCCGGUGCUGCCGGAGGACUUGGGCAGAAACUGUGCCAAACUACUGCUGGAGGAGGUCUAUAGGGGCGGCUGUGUGGAUUACAAUCAAAGUCUAGUCUCUUUGUACAUGACAGUUAGGCGGCCAGCAGGAUGUGUCCUAAACACACUGCUAGGUCCCCUCUCACCCUACACACAACCGUCGUAGUUCCUGAGACACAUCCGAGACUUCUUUCAGAUCAUGUUCAAGAUCGAGCAACAGAAACCUGGAGAAGAUGAACAGAAAGGAGGAGAGAAGGUCCUGAUGACGUGUGUGGGAGCCGGAUACAGCAACAUCAACAAAACCAUCAAAUAAAGACUUGAGCGUCUUCUUAGGACUGAAGAUUGUGUUUUAUAGUGUUUUUGUAUUUUACAGUGGAAUAAUGACAUUCCCAUAUUAAUGUUUUCUGCUGAACGUUGCCUUUGUACCACUUUGAGAGCCUUUUUUCUGCUUCACAAUGCAAUUUUCAGAUUGAGGUGCGAGUAAUAAACGCAUGUGCCAUUUCUUUGCUGA